GGUACGUUUACACGCUUGCCAAGCCUUGGCAAGGAUCGACAAUCGCAAGCAUGUAAAAAGGGCGUUUGGCUUGGCUUGCGUGGGCUUGUGCCUGCUUGCUUUCGAUCCAGUCGAGUGUCGGUUUUUUUACGCAGAUCAAAGGGCGUUUGCGGCAAGCGCUUGCGAUGCAUUUACAUGUUGGUCCGCGUUUAUUAGCCAUUGUGAUCUCGCGGCGAGUACACGCUUGAUUGAUUUUACAAAAAAUUAAUAAAAAAUGAGUUGCUGGUCGAAUGAGAAGAGUCUUUCGUUUCUGGAACAUUAUCAAAUGGAACCAUGCAUCUGGAAUCCGAAAGAUGCAAAUCAUAAAGAUAAAAAGAAACAAGCAGAUGCAUGGAUUCGUCUUGCUGAACUUACUGGAAGGCCAGUAAAGGAAAUAAAAAAUAAAAAAGAGAUACUGAUGACUACUUUUCGCAAGCACUUGAAAAAAAAACGUGAAUCUAUGCGUUCUGGCGCAGGUGCCGAAGAAAUAUACAAUCCAACUUGGUAUGCUUACGAAACCAUGGAGUCAUUUUUACUACCAGUAUAUACUUGCAAUGAAGGGAUAAACACCGAAACACAAUCACAACAAAUAGAAGAAGACACAGAUCAGACAGAGGAUGACCCUCUGAUAAGAGACCGUACAAUUAGUACGGUUACCACACCAUCCAGACCACCAUCUAGAUCACCAUCCAGACCACCAUCCAUACAAGCUGUUACUAAUAAACGUCGUCGCCCUGCUUCUGAAACGGCUGAAAAGCAAAUGGCCGUGGCUUUUGGACAAUUAACAAAUGUUUUGGGUCAAAGGCAGAAUGAAAAUAUACCUGCUCACGACGAUGAUUGUGAUCUAUACGCAAAAUUAUUGGCUAUAAAGCUACGUGAACUGUCAACUGAUGAACGAAAAAUUAUGAUGUACCAAAUAGAUGGGUUGUUUAUAAACAGAAUCAGUCAAAAAUCAAUAUUAUUCUCGUCCGUCGUCAAUGGCUGGUGCAUAUUCAACACCAUCUCCUCAAGUCAUUCCGAGUCGACCAACAUCAGUUAAUAGUGUUUAUUCUGAACCUAUUCAUAACAACCAAAGUUUUUUUCCCUCUCCAAACACACAAACUUCUUAUUCAGCGCCAGACAUGGCAAAACAUAUACCAACUCCAAUAGCUCCAGCUCCGUCUACAUCAACAGCACCCUCGUCAUCUAUUCGUAUCAUAUCGGACCAAAUCAUCAACCCAGCCCCACGUGAAACCAACAUUAUAAACAUGGCUACGUUGAAUUCUUUCGAAGAUUUUGAUUCGUCGACAUAAUUCUUAUUUAAAUUAAUAAAUAAUUAAACAAUAAAGCAGUCAGCUAACACAUUCAUAGAACAGAUUUCCUAUAAUUCUAUUAAAAUCUAAAAAAAUGUAUAACAUAA